GGAAAAAGGAAAAUACAGCGCUCGACCAAAAUUUUAAUCAGAGAGGCUUUGAGUGUCAUUUUGUGAGGUCGUGUCUGGCAUUGUCUCGCUUUCGAUUUGGCUUUUUUUCGUUUUUUUGCUUGGUUUUUUGUCUUUCUUUUCAGCGAUUUUUACAGGAAUGGAGCAAAAUUCUAAAUGUGGCUGUUCCGCUGAGGAACGGACCGUGACCAGGUCUGUCCAGGCUACCGAGGCAUUUGAGGAGGCUAUACGUACCCUGACUGUGGCGAUUCGGGACAGUCGCCGAGAGCGCUGUCCCGAGGGGUGUUUGUCGGUCUGUUGGCUUAACUUUAUGACUGGGAUCGUAGCCCAACCCCCGCCGGAGCGUGUUGGAGUUUACCGUCGUAAAACCAAAGGUGACGGUGCUGGCCGCUGUGAUGUGGCCACCCAAACCUUUCCGGUAACGCACGACCAGUUGCUUCGCAAAGUCAAGCUAGCGUCCAUGCACAUUGCAAUCAGGCAAGCAAAACAUCGUUGCACCUGCGGUAUCGUUGAAGCCAUUUUGGCCACGAUGGAGCUGGAACUGACGGGUCAAAACGCAGGUUUCCCUCAUAACUGUCGAAUGAGAACGAUUGCUGUUGAUGGCUGAAUGUCUCAAAGAUUUGUAACUAACCAUAAGAGGAGACGAUAAAUAGAACGCGGGGUCACGAUGGAAAUUGGGAAAUACCGAUGGAUUGUGGUAGAGGCUGAUGAUUCAAUGGAGAGAUAUUUUGAGGAUCAACUUAAUUUGUUAACAUAAUCUGUAAAAUGUGGUUUUCCAUGAAAUAA